GUACCAAACAUAAUAUAUUAACAAAGACAGAAAGGAAGAGAGAAUAGAAUCACAAACAAUUCAUAGGAAGAAAUAAAGAAGAAAAAAAAUCUCUGGUCAUUUGUUCUUUCAUGAAGGAAGUUAAUACAUUUGUGUUCUAAAGUUAAGAAAUGAUGAAGAUGAAAGUGUUGAGUAAGAAGAACAAACAUGUUAUCUUAUAUUGGUGGUUUGGAAUGAUUGUGCAAUUCUGUUUCUUGUUAUGUGUUUGUGCUGAGAAGACAUCAUUGAGAGGAGGAAUCAAUAGCCUAAAAUCAAAAUCAAUAGUCAAGCUGAAUACACAAGACAAACACAAGUUGGUUGUUGAUAAUGGCAUUGUUUCUGUGUCUAUGGCAAGACCAGAGGGAUACAUCCUUGGAAUAUCGUAUAAUGGAAUUGACAAUGUUCUUGAUUCUGAAAACCAAGAACUAGAUAGAGGGUACUUCGACGUUGUUUGGAAUGAACCUGGAGAGCAAAAUCUUAGUAAAAGUACUUUCCAGAGAAUCCAUGGGACAAAUUUUUCAGUUAUUGCAGCUGAUGAGAAUAUGGUGGAGGUUUCAUUUUCAAGAUUAUGGACACAUUCCAUGAGUGGCAAAAAUGUCCCCAUAAACAUAGAUAUAAGGUACAUUUUCAGAAGUGGUGAUUCUGGAUUUUAUUCAUAUGCGAUAUUCAAUCGACCGAAAGGAAUGCCAGGAAUUGAGGUUGAUCAAAUUAGAUUUGUUUUCAAACUCGAUAAAGACAGGUUCAAGUACAUGGCAAUAUCUGAUACAAGACAAAGAAACAUGCCAGCAAUGAAAGAUAGAAACACAGGUCAAGUACUAGCUUAUCCUGAAGCAGUUCUAUUAACCAACCCAAUUAACCCACAAUUUAGAGGAGAGGUGGAUGAUAAAUAUCAAUACUCUUGUGAGAACAAAGAUAACACAGUUCAUGGAUGGAUUGGUUUUGAUUCUGAUCCACCAGUGGGUUUCUGGAUGAUAACACCGAGUAAUGAGUUUCGCAAUGGUGGACCCAUUAAGCAAGAUCUUACUUCUCAUGUUGGACCAAUCGCUCUUUCGAUGUUUGUGAGCACACACUAUGCUGGAAAGGAAGUAACCAUGGCAUUUCAAGAAGGAGAGACCUAUAAAAAGGUUUUUGGACCUGUAUUUGUCUACCUUAACACUGCUUCAAGUGAGAAUGAUAAUGCAACUCUCUGGUCAGAUGCAGUACAACAGUUAUCCAAGGAAGUCCAAAGUUGGCCUUAUGAUUUUCCUCAAUCACAAGAUUACUUUCCACCUAAUCAAAGGGGAGCAGUAUUUGGAAGAUUACUAGUCCAAGAUUGUUCCAGGUACUUCGAAGGAGGAAGAUAUCAAUAUGCUAAUAAUGCUUAUGUGGGUCUAGCUUUGCCUGGAGAUGCUGGAUCAUGGCAGAGAGAAAGCAAGGGCUAUCAAUUUUGGACUCAAACUGAUGCCAAGGGAUACUUUAAAAUAACUAAUGUUGUGCCAGGUCACUAUAAUCUGUUUGGUUGGGUCUCUGGAUUCAUUGGUGAUUACAAAUAUAAUAGUACAAUCACAAUCACCCCAGGAGGAGUCAUCAAAUUAAAUUCACUUGUAUAUAAUCCUCCUAGAAAUGGACCAACCAUUUGGGAAAUUGGUAUUCCAGAUCGUUUGACUUCAGAAUUCCAUGUACCAGAACCUUACCCUACUCUCAUGAACAAAUUAUACACUGAAGGAAGAGACAAUUUUAGGCAAUAUGGGUUGUGGGAACGUUACACUGAAAUGUAUCCAACUGAUGAUCUUAUUUACACUCUGGGUGUUAACAAGAAUAAAGAUUGGUUUUAUGCUCAUGUUACAAGAAACACAGAAAAUAAUACAUAUGAACCAACAACAUGGCAAAUUAUAUUUGAACAUCAACAUGACUUAAAGAGUGGAAACUACACACUACAACUUGCCUUGGCCAGUGCUGCUGAUGCUUACCUACAGGUUCGGUUCAAUGAUCGAAGUGUAUAUCCACCCCACUUCGCGACAGGGCAUAUAGGAAGAAUCCGAGGAGACAAUUGCAUACAAAGACAUGGAAUUCAUGGAUUGUAUAGGUUGUUCAGUAUUGAUGUGCCAAGUAAUCUUCUUUUGAAAGGAAAGAACAUCAUAUAUCUAACGCAGACCAACGCCGAUACUCCUUUCCAAGGAGUUAUGUAUGAUUACAUCCGUUUAGAACAACCACCAGCAACUUGAUUGUGCUUAAGUUCUUAUUGAUACUAUGUAUAAACAUAUAAUGUUAUUAUAAUUAAUAAGAGUGGGUUCCAUUUCAAGCAUAACCUAUA